CUUCUUCUUUCGGUAAACAAGAAAUGCUGCUGCUCUCUCUUUUCUCUAGAGGGUUCAGCCUUACAGACUAAAAAGCAAAACUUAUAUCAUACCAGUAUUGGGAGUUCUCUGCAAAACCCAGAAGAGUUAGAGAGAUGGAAAUGGUGAAAAUAGAAGAGGUUCAGUCACCUACCAAGAAGCAGCGCAUAGCUACUCAUACCCACACCAAAGGCCUUGGUCUUGAGGUUUCUCUCUUUCCAUGUCAAUAUGUUUUUCCCCUUGAUUAUACCGAUUAUCCAUGAAGAAAAACCGAGUCGGUUUUGAUAUUUCAAACUAUCUCAAGGUUCUUUCUUUAUCUGCUGUAAAAUGUUUAGGUUUUACAGUCUAGGGACGCUACAUUUUCUGCCAAUCUUCUUGGUUUGUCUUUGAUGUUACAUACUUUAGUACUCUAAAAUGCAUGCAUAUUGGAAGUUACUCACAUCCAGGUGUGAUGCAUGUUUGAGUUUCACAUUAAGGAAAUUGUUUAUCACGUGGUUAUAUUAUAUUGAUGGUAGUUUAGUGAAUCAUUGGAUAUGCAAUGGAAAAAAGAAUGGAGAGAAAAAAACAAAUGAGAAAAAUAUAGAUUCAGAAUCAUUGGAUAUGCAAUGGAAAAAAGAAUGGAGAGAAAAAAACUGCGUGCAGUUAGCCCGAUCUCUAGAGGAAAGAACAACUGCACGCACGAUGAGAGGAGAUUGAAGACGACGUGGGAGGUGAUAAGAGUAGAUAUGAAUUCCAGAUUAUUGCGAUUACAGGGGUCUUUUGGCUUGAGAUAUUUGUACACCCAACCGAAAGAUUUCACAAUUGGAUGCUUGAAUUCAUUGGACAGUACCAAAAAAUUGUCCGAGUUGGAUCAACAAAAUAAAGAUCAAGAAGACAAGUUUCUCAACUAUAUCCAAGGAGUCUACUAAGAAGAUUGUGAUCCUUGCCAAAUUGAUUGUGAAUGACAAGCAUGUGUUAUUGAGAGUCUCAGACUGAUGUGCUCAUGUCCAACUUAUUUUUUGACAUCUUCUUGAUUCUGAUAGCACUUGUGAAUGACUUAGAUGCCAUGUAACAGGCCUCUAUACCAGCUAGGCUCGGAAAGUAAGUUUGUGCGGCCGUGUACUUCAAUUAUUUGACAAUAAUACCCUAUAUAUGGUUUGACAGCCUUGUCUGUGUUCUUAUUACUACAAUAAAUUUGCUGGUAUUUACGGUUUUCUUUCCAAUUUACUAGUCUCUUGACACGCACUAGGUAUGUGCCAUUAUGGGAAAAACAGAAAUUUAGUUUAGCUUGUAAAGACAAGGUUUGGCAUGAGCAUAACACUGAUAAUCGCUUCAAUUGGUUGCUUGGCCUGGAUUGGUUCUCCAUCUUGCUGCAUUAUGUUUUUAAAAGAAAUUUAGUUUAGUUUGUGAAGAGAAGGUUUCCAAUUUGAGAUUGUAACUUGUGGCAUGACUCUGAUUUUUUUUUUUAGGUAACUAUUGCAUGAUUAAUGCAUCUUGUGUGAGAAUUUUGCAUUAUGUUUUACUCUGGACAUAGUUUGUGUGUUUUAUUCAAGUACUUCCGCGUAUCAUUGCUCCAAUGUUUAUAAUUUUUAUUUCUUUUUAAUUUCUCUUUUUCUUUGACGAAGUCGUGUUAGCUCAGUGGUUAGAGCACCCACUACUUAUGUACGAAGUCAUGGGUUCGAGUCACCAUGGGGGCAGGAGUGAAACCCUUUGAUCUUCUUAAAAAAAAAAAAAAAAAAUUUCU